AUGAAAAACACAACCAUUAACCACCAAGACGAUCAUAUGCUACUCAUGAUCACUCAUCAGUUCUACCCUGAUGUGUACACCCAAAAUGUACAGCCACAAGUAGCGGCGACAAAGCCACGACGCCGCCGUAACAAGGGCAAGAGUGUAGAAGCUGGUAGCGCCGGAGCCAAUAAGAGGAAGCUAAAUGAGGCACAAGUGAGUCUUCUUGAGCUCCAUUUCAGAAAAGAGCAGAAGCUCGAGUCUAAGAAGAAGGACCAGCUCGCUUUCGAGCUUGGAAUCAACCCUCGUCAGGUCGCUGUAUGGUAUCAGAACCGAAGGGCUCGUUCGAAGAAGAAGCAGCUGGAGGAAGAGUACUCCUCUCUGAAGAAGGCUCACGAAACCGUCGUCGUGCAGAAACUCAAACUUGAAUCCGAGGUGCAAAAGCUCAAGGAGCGACUCUCUGAGGCGGAGGAGAAGAUCCACAGGCUGUCGGAGCGUGUCGAAGGCAGUGGUUCGAGCAACACCCCGAGCUCCUCGCUGUCGAAGGAUGCGAAUAUUGGUCCUCCGCUUUUGGGAGAGUUUAGGGUGGAGGAGUAUGAUGAUGUUUUCUACAUGCUCCAAAACAACUUCAUUGAUGACUUGGACUGGAUGUAUAUGUGA